AUGGCCUCUGGUGUGGCUGUCUCUGAUGUUACCAUCAAUGUGUUCAAUGACAUGAAAGUUUGAAAGUCUCAGUGUCAGAAAAGGCUCUUCUGCCUGAGUGAGGACAAGAAGAGAGAGGAAGGCAAGGAGAUCCUGGUAGGAGAUGUGCUGCAGACUGCGGACUAUUCCUUCAUUCCUUUAGUCAAAAUAUUUCCAGAUAAGGACUGCUGCUGUGCUUCCAAUGAUGCAACCUACCAGACCAAGGAGAGCAAGGAUGAGGACCUGGUGUUCAUCUUCUGGGCCCCUGAGAAUGCGCCCCUUAAGAGCAAAAUGAUCUGUGCCACCCCCAAGGAUUCCAUCAUGAAGCUGACAGGAAUCAAGCAUGAAUUACAGGUGAACUGCUCCGAGGAGAUCGCGGACCACUGCACCUUGGCAGAAAAGGUAGGAAGUAGGACCAUCAUCUCCCUGGAGGGCAAGCCUUUGUGA